AUGGUUGAAAGAAAUUCUAGGCAAAAUUUGACUUGUCCUCCUUAUUUACCUUCAUCAUCAUCACCAUCAUCAUCAACAUCACCAGCAUUAAUAGCAGGAAACAAACAACAUUUACAACAAUCCAUUCCUGUGGAGAUAUCAGAUGAAUUCUUACCUCCCUAUACCUGUUCUGUGGCAAAAUCAGGCAAGAUGUAUAUAAAACGAGAAAUGGAUCGUCAUUUUUUACCAUCUGCUGAUCGAAGCUGGAAAAAACAUCUUGUCCAAUUACAUGGUACUUUAGUCGACAUUUAUACAAAGACAAAUACAGAUACAUCAUCACAGAAAUUCAUUCAUCGCAUAAAAACAAAUAAGGAAUAUGUAUUAUUACAUCGACAAAGUCUACAAAGAGUAGAAGUAGGAUGGGCCUCUGAUUAUCAACAACAUCCGUAUACCUUUCGAAUGUAUUUCUUUAAAACUGGUGAGCAAUGGUUGUUGAGGCCAUGUGUUGAUCGAGGUGGAUCCAAUGAAGAACUUCGUGCUAUGGUAGAAUGGAUUGAAACUAUUCAAGCAGCGAUUACAAUCAGUGUUGAUCUAGAUCAUCAAAAAAUGCCCACAUUUAUUACUUUGGCACGUACACAUUAUAGACAUCAUAACAAUAUGGCAACCUUAGUUCUUGAUCAAUCCAAAAUGCCCAUUCAAAUUUGUCAUCAUCGUGGUACUCAAUUUCAAUCUAUCCCUCUCUCGUCCAAUAAAAGGAAACGAUGGAUCCAUCAUUUGAAGAAAAUGGUAAUACUAAGAAGAAGUAUAUAA